AUGGGUAAUUUAGCACCCAUCGCCUACGGAGGCUACGCCAUCGCUCUUGCAAUCCACGCUGCGUGUAAGACCGCCCCGGAUGGAUUUCACUUAUAUUCGGCAUUUGGACAUUACCUCCGAGCAGUAAAUAUUAAAGCCAAAUUGAUAUGCACACCUGUUCAACUCCGCCAAUCGAAGAGUUUCGUCACGUACCGCGUUGCCGUCGAACAGAAUGACCCGUCCAGCGGCCGACAGCACCUAUGCAUGGAGCUCCUAGCCGACUUUCACAGGGAUGAGCCGUCUCUGCUCACAUUCUCGGAUCAGCCCACUCGGAGCUAUAGUCACUGGCGGGACUGUAUGCCUUGGGACCGCCUUGUGGAAGAUUGGCUUAAAGCUGGUAAAAUAGCAGAGCCACAGUUCAAAACUUUCAACACUCUAUUCGGACUCUCCCGAGACAUCUACGAAGGCCGCCCGUGUCCGGAAGGAGUUGCCGCCCAAAAUCUCAUGGGGAUGGCCAAGACCAUCCAAACCAGUCAGGAGGCAAUGCCUCCAACAGCAAGGUCAUCAGCUGACUGGCUUCGAGUCAAAGACCCUCUGCAGACAGAAGGAGAGCAAGUGGCCGGCUUGGCGUUCAUUCUGGAUGGUUUUUUAUCAUUUUUGCCGUUGACACACAAUCACCUGUCUUUUGAGGACGCCAGUGCGUGUUCGAGCUUGGACUUUGCUCUGCGUAUCUUCACACCGCCCAAAAUGGAUGAGUGGAACUUGAGGGAGGUAAUCAAUCACCGUGCUGGCCAUGGCCGCACAUAUAGCGAGAGUAAAAUGUGGGAUGAGGCAGGGAAUUUAGUGGCAUCGAUGACACAACAGUCAAUUUUGCGAGUUCCGGCCAAAGCAGCAAACUUGUAA